GUCAAAUUGCUAUUCGAUAUAAAAAUAUCACAAUUGAAAAACAAAUCAAAGAAGAAAUUCGAAAGAUCAAUCAUGUCAGGAGGCAUAACGCUAGGUCGCCUCACUGAGGAGAGAAAGGCAUGGCGCAAGAAUCACCCACAUGGCUUUGUGGCGCGGCCUGAGACGAGUUCGGAUGGUACGGUUAAUUUGAUGGUGUGGCAUUGCUUAAUCCCUGGUAAAGCAAACACGGAUUGGGAGGGCGGCUUUUAUCCACUCACGAUGCAUUUCAGCGAAGACUAUCCUAGCAAACCGCCCAAGUGCAAGUUCCCUCCGAAUUUCUUCCACCCUAAUAUAUACCCGUCCGGGACAGUAUGUUUGUCAAUCCUCAGUGAGGACAGUGGUUGGAGACCUGCCAUCUCGGUGAAGCAAGUUCUAAUUGGCAUUCAGGACUUACUAGACCAGCCUAAUCCAAGCGAUCCUGCUCAAACCGAUGGCUAUCACCUUUUCAUGCAGCAACCUGAAGAGUACAGGAGUCGGGUUCGCCAACAGGCCAAGCAGUAUCCGUCUCCCGUCUAGGGUUAGAUUUCUCGUUGAUUGUUUUGCAAGAACAAAUACUCUUCUACAGGAAGCAAGAACCAAAUAUCUUUAAUUUCUUUUUCUUAAUGAAAAUUUUCAGUAUUUUUACAUUCAA